AAUGACGAUAGUCAAGAGUCGUCGUUGACCCUCGAAGCCGAAGCCACGAAUUUCACGAUUUUUCGAUUGACCUUUGAUACAUCUAGAGGAAGAGCAAUAUUGCGUGAAAUUAUACAUCAAGAAAAUUAUUUGUAGAGGAAAAACCGAGUGCAUAUAUUUAUUAUCCUGACAAUCGGAAAAGUUAGAUAAUGGGAGUGUCAAGUAGUAGUAACGAUUCGACACGUUCGACGAUGUUGAUUUCUACGAGCGAACAGGAAAUGGCAGCGUGCUUGUAUUCAAAAGACGCUUGCUCUACGAAAGACCAGGAACAAAGAACAUAUGUCGGAACGAGCUAUAAAGAUGAGGAUCAGCCACGAUCGCAGGGUCCGAGUCCCUAUGCUACCUUGAAGACAGGUGACUUCUGGGAUCAAAGACCAACAACAUCCAGUCUAUCAAAUAUGCUACCGCCAAAACACGAGACCUUGUUAACGUGCGCCACACAAAUGACAGGUUGGCAGCCAACCGAUAAUCACAAUUUCCCAAUGUAUCAACAGAAUAACGAAAUCAUGGAGCUUUCGCGAAUCAUCUCGCAACUUGCCAUGGCCAAUCAUCAGUUAGCCAGUGUGUAUAACGCGACGCUAGCGCGUAUGGAAGCAUCAUAUUUAGAGCUGUCGAAGGAUAGGCAAGAUCGGAAGAACUCGACGAAUUCUUCAGAGAUACGCGAUGAUUUUCAAAAAAGAUUAUCGGACUCCGAAGAAAUUAUUGAGAGAGAAGAAGCACAAAGAUUGGAGCAACGCGUCAUUAGAUUGGAAAAACUGUUGGCGGAAAACUCUGUUGAACAAUCCAAACAAAGAGACUCGCGACAAGAUAACAAACUGCAAUCUAGAAUCGAAAGAUUGGAGAAUUUGUUGAAGACACGAGAUAUAAAAGACCAGUCAAGAUCCGUGGAAUUGCAUUGUGAAUCUUCGGAGCAACAAACAAAUAACAUCGUUUUCGAUGUUGUUAAUAAAAUACCUGGCGAUAAUCAAAGAAAAAACGCGAGAGAAGAAAUGGUUGAUGUUAGAUAUUGUAAUGCUUAUUCCGAUGAUUUCGAAAUAAUUGUUCCUACGAUAAAUAAAAAUUCCGAUUCUGCGAACAUAGAUAAAAUGCGUAGAAGACGUGCUAGAUUGAAAGAUGAUGAGCAAAAUUCGACAACGAGAAAUUUGACGAGCGAAGAAAUACUCAGAUUAUCGGAAGAAGUUGAAAGAUUAAAAAUCGAUCGAAUGGAAUACCAAAGUACCAACGAAAGACUGCUGUGCAAUUUAGCGGACCAGAAAACCGUGAUAGAGAAAUUAAACGUAGAUUAUGAGGAAUUGAAAAUGCGAUAUGUAACGGUAGAAGAUAAUUUACACGAAUGCAAACAACAAUAUGACGAACUGACGAAGGACUUGGACUCCGCUAAAAGGGAAAUCGAAGGAUUGUUGAAAGAGAUCGAUGUCUUUCAGUCGAAGAAAAACACUGCCGAUGCAAGAAUCUCGAUUUUAGAAGAAGAGCUGCAGAAAUCACUGCUCGAAAAAGAGCAGAUCAAAAAUACGGAAAAUCAAAAAACAUCAAAGUUACGAGCACAAUUGGCCGAGGAAGUCUCGGAUAAAAAGAAACAGAUUAAGGCUCUCGAAAAUGCUUUGCAAGAGAUACAAAGACUGAAGGAAACUAUCAAGACUGAAAGAAGCAACGAGGAGAGCAUUACUCCGAAAGAAGAUGUCGAUGCUGUCGACUCGAUAGAUGAUAUAUCGGAGAGUACAUCGAAUACUAAUCGUACUUCCGCUAACAUAGAGGAUUUUAAAAAAGAAUUAACCUUAAAGAGGGAAGCUAGACAUAGAGCUAUUGCGGUGGUUUCGUCCGAGAUGGAAAGACUUAGGAAAGAAUUGGACGCUGAAAAGGAAGCUCAUUCCGAAACAUUAAGCAUGUUGACUCUCUUGCGUUCCGCUCAUGGUGAUCUCGAUCCCGAGACUAGGAAUUUCGCAAAGUCUAUGAUGAAACAAGGAGAGGACAAGCGCUUGAACGAAAGCGAGAAAGCAUUGAAAUGCGCGGAAGCGCGAAGAUUAACGAGCACGUUAAAGAUAUCUGACGAGUUGAGAAAUGACAUACGAUGCCAAAUCGAGAAAGUAGAUGAUCUUCGUUAUCAUUUGGAGACUAAUGCAGAGCGUCACCGACAUCGUAUUCGAUGUUUGACGGAAGUAACCGACAAGGAACGCGAAUCUCUCAUCGCGCGAGAACGUCGGACGAACGAGUUGAAGAAUUACUUGGCUCAGGUAUUGGUUAGAUUGGGUGACAGGAGUUUUUUGGAAGUCCGCGACGAUACGGAUGCAGAAUGUGAUCGACAACUUGAGAACAUAAACGUGUUGAAGAGUCUUUAUAACGAAAGACUGAGAGUUUUGACUGAAUUAAAAGAUUCCGCGAUCAAGGAAUUGACGGACGUGAAGCAGAAGCUGGAAUACUCUUUAAAGAAAUCCGAGAAUCUAGAAGAGGAACUCAAAAAAGCCGAAGAGAAGGUUGAUGUCCAAGACACAGAAAUCACAAAUUUGGAAUCUCAGUUGGGAUUAACCAAGGCGGACUGCAGAGAUCUUCAGAAUCAGAUGUCUCUUAUUAAUGGAUUAUUUACGCAGAUGUUGCUCGGAGCUUCUUCCGCAGAUAUGGAUCUUGAUAGAUUAACUCAAUUGUUACAGGAGAAUCACGAUCUUAUAAGUGAUAUAGCCAAGGAAGAAAGUACCGAGGCAGCGGCCCUUCCUAAACUUCUUUUAGAUUUGGUCGAGCAAGUUGAAGGUGGUAAAACAUCUCAAAAACAGGUGGAUGACGAAAACAACGUAGGAAAUGUUAGCGAAGCUGAUAGAAAAGAAGAUGAUCUGCAAGAAGAAGAUAUUGCUCAUAAUUUACCUAAGGUAUGGCGCGUUUUAUUAGAGUUACUUAGCUGUCAUGCGGUGACCUCUCCAAGCGUUUCCGUUGCAUCCUGCUCGGAUCCAAAUAGCUGUUACAAGUCUGUGGAUACUCCGGCCGGGCCAAGAUUAGUCAUAUCCGUGAGCAAAACGUACAUUCGUCUGAAGGAAUUGAUUCUGGAGAAGAAACAUUUGGAAAAGGAGAUGAAUCGCAUGAAGCAGCUGAACACUCACUUAGAGAGUAAACUGGGCGAGCAGGAAAAGAGACUCUCCAUGGUAUCGGCUGAAUUAGCCAAGACGUGGAAUAUCGUCGGUCGAAUGCAAGCGCAGCAUCAGCAGUUGCACACACAUGAGGAAAUCCUACGUUAUGAGCUGCAAGAGAAAAGAAAGAUGUUGCAGGAAUUGAAACAGGAGUUGGAAUACUGUAGGGAAAAAUGGGAGUCGGCCAGGCAAAAGAAUACAAAUACCGAAUUAGAAUGGAGAAGCUUACGUCGCGAAUUUGCUGCACGAAAAGCUUUGGCCGCUCGCGACUCUUUUAACAGUGCCGAAAGCGGGUUCAGCGAUGAAAGAGGUGACGAUACUGACGAAGAGGAAGAGGCAAUUGAAGGAAGAAUCAGACAUGGUCCGCGCAGACGAACACGAAAGGAGAGUCUUAGAGCGCCGACACCAGACACAGAAUCCGAACAACCGACGGAUACCGAAUUAUCAGAGUCAAAGACUGGUUCCUCGAUAACUUUAGAACAACGUACUCCUACGCCAGAAACCGAAGCAGAAUUGGACGAGGCAGAAAUCGUGCGUGUUGACUCCGCAAAAUCUGUUAAUAUAGCGGAAGCUAGUAGCAUUGGGGAAAGUACGCAGGAAUCUUUGAAUCCUUUGGAUCAGGCUCUUACUAACGUUAUACAGAACCUUAUAAAAAUUAAUGAUGGAGAAUCGAGCAAUGCUUCGGGGGAGAACUUGUCCUGUUCAUUCUUUGGAGAUCCAUGUGAGGAUGUGGCUAUUGAAUCUAAUAGCAACACGGAAAACAAUCAUUCUUUGACCAUUUCGAAAAUGGAUUUCUGCAGCAAAAAUUUACAAUCUUGGAGACCGACCAGUGAAUCUCCAUGUUCAUCACCUACAUCACAUACUCUGAAACGAACGGCCACAAGUGUUGAUCUCCCUUCGGCGGUGGAUAAUAACGAAUUGUCCGAAUCAUCGUCGACUGUGAUCGAAUACUCGUCAAAAUUACAAGAUGGUGAGAUAAUCAAACUUGAAAAUACUCCGUCGACAGCUGUUUCUCACGUAUCCACUACCGUGAAUACAACCAGCACAAUACCUGUCUUUUCUAUCGGACCCCUUCCCACAUCCGCUCUGUCAUCUGUGUCUUCGUCUAUAAAGAGCGUGCAGUUCAGCAAUCCUUUGAUCGUGGGCCCAUCUAAUCGCUUUUUUGUUCCAAUGUUUGGUGCAGCUGCAGCGGAAUCCAACAAUUUUACAGAUAACUUUGCUGCAUCCUCGUCAAUAAUGUCAUCGACUCAAGAAGAAGAACCGAUGGAACAGAGAUCUCCGAGACCAAUAGAGAGUAUCACAGAUUCCGACAGUAUUUCCAUAGAUUCCUCCUCGAGUUUAGAUACUGUUAAAGAAUUUCCUAUAGCCGAUUUCGAUUUUACGCCAUCUACAUCGACUUCUAAGGAAGAGCUUCAGGAAAGUGCGACAUGUUCACAGAAAGAACUUGCAAUUGUUUCGACGAAAAUUCGAACUCCGGAAGAAGUCUUAGCGACACGAGCUGAUCGAUUGAAACGUUUGGAAGAGCAAGCUGAUUGGCUUAUGAAAAAGAUGAAUGCUACAAGUAAACGAAGUACUGCUCUCUGUACAAGAUUAGAGGAGCUUCAUGAGGUUUACGGAGAACCACCGGUUCCUCCACCCAUGCCGGACGUUUUACCUAGUUAUAGACUGCCAUCCAGUCUGCUCAAUCUAUCUCGUCAGAACCUUGAAUCGUCGUCCGCUAGCAGCAUCGAGAAUAUUGAAGAGAAAAGCUCCGAUGCAGCAAAAAACGAUCAAUCAUCAAAUGCAAAUACAUCAAAAUGAGUUUAUAAUAUUUAAUUCGCAAAGAAUCCUGUGGUUAACAUUUAGCUUUAUCCUUUAACAAUGAAAAUGGAAAGCAUACAAGUGCAUAGACAAUGUGUAUUAAUCGAUGUAAAAAUGUCUUCCCAGAUACAUCCAAUAUCAUUUGUUGUAAUAUUAAUAUAAAUAAAACGAGCUAUAUUAUUAUUCUUA